CCAAAAGAGUAACCGCGGCUCUUACCAAUUCAACGCUGAAAAUCGGCUAAUAUUCUAUAGUUCUCGGCUAAGACGCAUGCGUGUAUCUUUUUGUUAUUUACCUCUCAAACUGUCAAAACAAAUGUCAGUUGAGAUUAUUUUUCCGUGGAAAGUAUUGCGAAAAACUAAUGAAAUACUGAAAUUUGCAGAAGACAAGUAAAAAAAAAAUGGAGCAAGUACGUCUCUUGGUCCAGGAGCAGGGACGUGAGGCAAGAAAUUUGCUGACAUUCAACAUUUCGGCCGGAAACGACUUUCCCAGCAAAAUAGCAAAAAAACCUCCCUGUGCACCGAGGGCUUCAGAGAUACAUAGUAACAAGCAGACAACCAUGAAUAGAAGAGCUGGGGCUAGAGUUCGCUCUGCCUCUACAGGAAGAGACAAAAAUUCUGAGCUUAGGGCUCGGUACUGGGCAUUGUUGUUUGGUAACCUUCAAAGAUCAGUGGCGGAAAUUUACAACACCGUGGAGACACAUGAAAGCCUUACAGAGUGUCAAGAAGUAGUUUUGGUACUUGAAAACUACUUAAGAGAUUUUUCAGCACUGGCAGAUUGGUUCAAGUUAAAGUGGGAUUAUGAAAAUACACCUGCACUCCAAAGACCUACAUCAUUAGCCUGGGAUAUUUCCAAAACUGCUCUAUCCAAACCUAGUAGGUCAGGCAAAUCCAGUCCCAGCUUGGGCAGUGGACGCAAUAGUCCAAACCCAACCAUUUCAGGCAAGAUUAGUCCAAGAAUUCAAGCCACGAAAUGCAAAAACUGCACUUGUAAUUCCUGCCCUUCAAGCCCCUUGCCACCAGUUGAGCCGCCGAUACCAGAAGGUAUACCAAUUGGUCUGCAAACAGAUGAAACUCCAGUUUCUAUUCCUGACUUAUUGCAAGAUGAAGUGCAAAAAAUACCCUUAAAAGCUGUGCAAGAUGAAAGUCAGAAGACACCUUCAAAGACACAACCUAAAGUUGACACGAACUUAAAAAAGAAAAUUGAAGGAAAAGUUAUAGAGGCUAAGGUUAAAAGUGGCGCAAGAGUAUCGGCUAGUAAAGGUGAUUCUAAACAGGCUGUGCCCAACAAAAAAGAGAAACCAAUUCCCACAAAAUUAAAAGCUGAAAAACAAACAGGAAAAACAAGUAUUAGGAAGAGUAAUGAUGAUUUGAAAAACGCCGUCAAAGAUGAUAAGGUGUCUGUAGGGUCUACUGAGCCAAUCGAUCAAAGGAAUGGGAAAAGUAGUUGUAUGUCUAAGCAGAAUUCAUUGGAAGAAACUGAAUCUCAAAAGGAUCAAUCACAGACAAUAAAAACCUUAGGUCUGGACCAAAACAAGCAAAAUAUCGGAUUAGAGCUGACCGAAAACGUAGCAAAUUUUUUCACAAACUGCUCUAUAAAAAAUAUUGACUCUCCCAGCGAAGAUCAACGGACUUACGACAUUUUGCGGAAAGUCGGAGUCGAAAGCGCAGAAAAAGGAACGAGCACAGAAGAUUUUCCAAGACUGCCAACGAAAAAAUCAAAUGUGCUCAAAAUAAACCAAGAAUGCCAAACGGAUCCAGAAAAAUCAGAGCCUGACCAUAAAGCGCCCAAAAAUAUAACCCCCGCUGUGAAACUUCACAUCCGGCAAGCGGCGACAAUGAAACCCACUUCGACCAUUGAGAGUCCUAGGACCGCACCCGUAAAACCAGCAAAUACAGUGACGAGACCCGCGUAUUCUGUGGCCUUGACUAAAAGCGCUUCUGCGAAAAUAGUACCUCCGAGACCAAAAGUGGAAGUGAGAAGCGUUCAAAGUGGAAAAAGUGUUACGGGGACACAGAGAGGACAGGGAUUAACCAGAAGUCGGACGGCUUCUGAAAUGAAUCCCCAAAAACCUCCAUGCCAGAAUAUCUUGAAACCUAGAUUCCCUCACAAGCCAAAAAGUAUUCCAAAUAAUCCUGAAUAUUCUAUAGGAAAAGAAUUUACAGCCAUACCAUCUUCUUCGCUUCCUUCACGUCCCAAGCCAUUUUUACCAAAAAGCAAAACUCUAAUUGACAUGAAUAGAAAACAUGUGAGCGAUAUGAAGUUUUCCGGUACUCAGAAUAGACCCAAAAUUAACAACACCCUACGCCCAAAUCACGGCAAUGAGGCUCGCCCAUUACCAGCACAAAAAAUGACUCAAAAUCGACCUUUCGUCUUAUUAGUGAAGAGCAAAACCACUUUGACGAAAGAUCAGCUGAGCAAAAGUUUAUCUUUCGAUGAAUAUGCCAGUUCUGUUGAGACUUUGGUGCCCCAGGGACAGUCACGAGAAAACAUAAACAGUAUAAGCAUUUCUAGUAAUAGUAUAGCCAGUUCCCAAGAGACUUUAAACAAUGACAACACAAAAACCGAACAUUCCGAUGGUUGGCUUACCGUUAAAGCUCGAAGAUUUAAAAAUGGAAAUAAUAAGCCCAGACGGUCAGAUACAGCAUUAUCCUGGGCAACGAGAUUCCAUCAGGUAAGCGCUACCGCCAGUCUACCGGCCUUGGCACUCCUGCCUGAGGGUUCUGAUGGUCUAAAAUCUCAGAAGUCUAUGGAUAAAAGCGUUAAAGAGAACCUUAAUAGCUUAAAAAGUCUAAAAAAUAACGUGAGUAAGCAAGCAACCGUUGCCGGACUAAAAAGGUCUCAUUCUACUAUGACCAAGAGUAAUUUGAAAAUACACGAGGGCGUGCAAGACAAAAAUAACGCGAACUUGAUUAUUAAGAAAGAGGUUGAAAGCGAGCGAAGUAAGAAGAAGGAAUUCGAUGUUGAUUCUGAAACGGAUGAUGAACAGUCGAAAUUAAAGGAGAUGCAAGACGAAAUGGCCACUGAGGAGGAACAUAGGAAGAAAACUAAAGAGCUGAAUGAGGAGGAGGAUAGGUUACAUAAGGAGAUUGAAAAAUUAAAGUGUGUUGAUAUUGAAGUCGAUACAGAAACCGAUGGUACAGAGACUGAUGGGGAUGAACUCCAAGGAGAUAAUGAGAAUUGUCCUAUAGGAAUGCUGGACGACGAUCAUAUUUCUUUGGAAGCACGUUAUGAACCAAUGCUGGCAGGCAUGUCUUGGAGCGAACGUGUAGAUACACUGGCUGCUCUGGAGGCAAUUAACGCUAGACAUCCAGGCAGAGCUCUGGAAUUACACCAGAAACUCUCUAACCCUAAAAGAAAAAUCAGUUUUACGGAAGCUGUCAGAAGGUAUCAAGCAAAGCAAAUAAAAGCCCAGAAACGUAGGGAAGAUUUACAGUUGGAGAGGGCGCAAAAGCUACAAGCUCUUAGUGCGAGAGUGGAAGACGUAAAAACUGCUAAGUUACUGCUUAUCGAAGAGAAGAGAAAAAGAAUGGAAAUGAGGUUACAAAAAGCAGCCCAAAAUCGCAAGAAACAUAUCAAGGAUAUUGUAAAAAAAGCGCACGAUGAAGAAGAAAAACUCAAAGAAAUUGCCUUUAUAAAUGAGUUAGAGGCGCAAAAUAAACGCCAUGAUUUCCUGCAGUCUUGCAGGGAACGUAGAGGCAGAAUUCAGGGAAUACAAGAAGAUCGUAGAAAAAGACAAGAGGAAAAAGCUGCUAAAGAAGCGGCAGUCGAAGAAAGAAGAAAGGCUUUAGAAAGAGAGAGGCUUGAGAGGUUGGAUAGGCUACAAGAUGAAAGAAGGCAAAGAGAUGAAAGGAUAGGUCAACAACAGCAACAAAGGGAGCGAGAGCGUCAAGAGUUAGCCAGAGAGAAAGCGAGAGACAGAGAGGAACGAUUGUCAGCUCUUCACGAAAAACAAUUAGCCUCUACCCAAGAGCUUCAGAAACGAAUUGAACAAAAACAAGAAGACUCGAAGCGUAGACACGACGAAAAUAUGGAACACAUUCGACAGAGAGCGCUUGAGUUGUCUAUUUUAAGGUGCAACCAGGACGAUAACCAGGCACCUAAUAUGGUACCGUAUCCGCAAGCCAAGCUGUGUACUGUUUGUAAUGUGCUUAUAAAAUCUGAGGUGUAUCUUAUGAGCCAUCUUAGGGGCCGUUUACAUCAAGAAGCUGCGAAACAAGCAAACCCAGGUAUUAAGGAGGAUAAAACUUUAUUGAAAUUGAAUUCUACGUACGCUUUUUUAGGCCUUUCAACUGAUGAUUUAGAGCAGUAUAAUGUAAAACAAAUUGUUGAUGCACCUGAUGGAAAAGAAGAUCCUAAAGUGUUGGCUGCUAAGGAACGCGGUAAAUCUUAUAGGAAGAGGUGUAAAAAGAUCAGGCAGAGAAUGACGAAUAAAGGUGCUGAAUAUGAAAGUUCCUACAAACCUCCAAUAAUUGAUGGCAGUAAUAAAAGGAGUUUAAACAGAAACAUCAAUACCAUAGGCAGUAUAACAAAUCAGGCUAAUCAAGGUCUGUCACCGUCAAGUAUGAGUCAACUGGAUCGGAUUUUGAAUGAACUUUCUAGAUUACUGACUAAAGGCAAUAGCAGCGAUAUUUUAAUCUUCCAAAGCGUUGGAGGCUUUGGGGUCUUAGGAAAACUUUUAUCUUUAGGUUUGGAUGGCAAUCAAGCUGUGUCAGUUAAGACACUAAUUAUAUGCUGUAACUUAUGGCAAGUUGCUUGUAAAGGUCCAGAUGGUGCUAAAAAUUGCGAAUAUGUCAUUUUGUCUAACAAACUUAUGUCAGCUGUAGAUCUGUUAAAUAAUCGGCUGUUGCAAUUAGAUGAUUGUGAGGAAAACCUACCAGCAGACCCUCUGAGUGCUGCUUUAAUGCAAUGUUUAGCGUUGGUGCUUAGAAAUACUCCUAAAUCUACUCCUACUAGUAGGGUGCAUGACAUUGUUAGCUUCAGCGUUUGCUCUGGUAUCGUUGAGCACCUGGCCAGGUGUUGCUUGGCUGUCAGAGGUCCGGUUCAUGAUGUACAACCUGCAUGCUCAUUUUUCCUUGCAGCGUUAGAGUUUCUGGCAGCUCUAGCCUAUCAUUGCCCUGAAGAUAGUGAUCCUACACAUCUGGUUUCAACCCUCCAUGCUACAGAACUAUUAGGAUGUGUGUCGAUGCUUUAUGGUUCCUUGCUGCCUCCGGAUUCUAGCCCGAGAGUGGAAGGGCAGGCACCACAACUCAUUCCAACGCCAUGUCUUAGUCUUGCCACUGCCACCUUUAGGUUCUUAAGGAGAGUGGCUGAGGUUGACUUGAGCAAGUUUCAGGAAGUGUUAGGGGCAGAAGGAAUUUCCCUUCAGUUCAGACAUAUAAGUAGUCACUUGCUCUGGUCCUGUGCCUCACCUUCAAUACCAAAAGUAAAUGGUAAAGACAAUACUCCUGUAAUAGAAGCUUAUGAGGAACUCCUACAUGAAGUCAUAACAGUAACUGGAUACUUCGCAGUUGGUAACAAUGAGAAUCAGAUGCUGCUAGUUAGCGGUCAGGCUCCGUCGGUGCUGCAACAAUUAUGUUCGUUACCGUUUCCUUACUUUUCUGUGGAGAAGCUCUCAAGUGUGCUCUAUCCGACCUUAUUAGCUUGCUGUGUAAAUAACCAGCACACUACCGCUAUUUUGAAACAAGAGCUGUCUUAUGACCUUCUAGAAAACUUUAGAAAUUCCGAAACAGGAAAAGCCCUCAGACUGAUACAACUAUUAAACGCCAAAAAACCCAAGAUUAAGAAUUAGAUUUAUCGAAUUCACCAUUCGCAUUAUGUGUGCAAUUAUCUUAUAAAAAAGCGGACAACACAUAUAGGGCCGUAAUAUAUGUAUUAAUAGAAGUUAAUCAUAAUGCGCACUUAUUUUUUUGAUAAAAUUAUGUUUUAUAACUCCUAAAAUAUAAAAUUAGAUACAGCCACAUAUUUCAUAAGUUUUAGAUGAUAUAAGGGAGGGUGGUGAACUUAAAAACAUUUUUAUAAUAGAUUAACUGAGGACGAAACUAAAUUUUAAAUGAAUGCUGGGGGUAUAUCAUUACAAAUACCAGUCAGUUUAUAUAUAGUAAUCUCGUAUUAUUACUGCCGUUUUAUAUACUUAAGAAGUGUUUCAAUAAGAACUUCAAUUCUCAGUCAUUACACAACUUGUAAGAAAUGCCAGUUUAAACAUUUUGUGCAUAGUUUUCUGUCAAUAUUUUUUUGAGAACUAUUUAUCAAAUUGAGAGAAGCAUUAACCAACUGGUAUAAUGAUUCUCGUGGCCAAAUGUAUAUGCUGUUCCUCUCUUAGUGAGUGGCUUUCUUGUCUGAGUUGGGAAGAAAGGGUCGUAGUAUUUUUUGAAUAGACUUUUUUUAUAAUUUCCAGCUGAUUUUCUAGUUAACAGAGAUUUUUUAAGGUAUGCAAGUCCAUCAUUUUACCAUAAAUUGUAUUCAUGUUUAAUGAGAUUUACGAGAUUUAUCGUACUAGUUCACUUCUUAAAUCAUGGGAGUAAGAGACAAUUUGUUCUAACGAAUGGAAGUCUCAUUAGCUAUGAUCUGGUAUCAAUCCAAGAUCAGCCCAAUUCAAUGUUCUCGUUAGAUUUUUCACCACAUAAUUGUCCAUUACUCAUUUUCUUUUAGUUUGCUUGAAAUUAGUUGUGAAUUUACUAUAGAGAAGUUCUUAUUAACUACUGCCGAUCAUUUAUCUGUUGUUUUAGUUUUUAAAUCUAGUCUCUAGUAUCAGCCUUAUAUAGUUUUUUUCUUUUAAUAUCAACUAGUUAAGCUGUUUUUAUUUAAAUAUUAUCGACUUAUCGUUCUCCACUUAACCACCUUUGCAUUCUCAUAUUUCACAUCCUACUAUCCAAGCGUGAUAUUGCUGUAUCAGUAGUAAAAGGCAGUGGCAUAAGUUCUGCCUGACAGGCUUCUUUUUCCUUUCCUUCUUCUUUUUUCUUCUUUCUCUUCAUAUACAGCGUCCUUUUUUAGCUGCCUUAAAAUUGCCUUUAUGCUUUCCAUAUUUGAAAGAAUUUCUCCAGAAUCUAUUUUGUUAGUCUCGAAUCCGCGACUUUACCCUGAAGUAUGGGUCUAAAUCCACAUUUUCAGUUUUUUCCUGUAUCUUUAUUCUUUUUUUUUUGUACUGGGACCCAAUAUCACCUAAAGCUGGACAAACAAAAGUUGUACACUCGACCUAACGCAACUCGCUUUUUCUUCUUCCAACUAAGAUAUCAACAUUUCUACCUGGGACAUUUUCUUAGGUUAGUUCCUCUUUUAGGUUGUUUAGUUUUAGACUCUUUUCCUUUUACUUUGUUUUUUUUUUCAUUUAUUUUCUUCCCAGUAUCAUUAAUUGAUCAGCUCUAGGACUAACAACCACUGGUUAAGUUAUUAUUUUUAGUCUUUUAUUCAGAUUUUUCUUUUAUUGUUCUUUAGAUAGUAUUUUUAUGAUACAUUUUCUUCCUGGUGUCAUUAAUUAGUCAUGUGUGUCAUGCCUAUUCAGAAUAGUUGAACUUAAGGGCCAUUCUUAUAUGGUACCGACAACUUAGCAAUUUUAUUAUUUGAGCUUAUUUGUACUCAAAGUGUCCUUAUCUUUGCAGUUGGAUAUUGUUGAGAAUUUAAGUUCUUAGUGAUUCACACAAAUAAUAAUGAUACACACAAAUUAAGCAAUGAUGCCAAUUCAUUUAGAAACAUUGUUUGAAAUAUUGUUUUUAGGUUUAAAGAGAAUAUUAAUAAAUGUAAUAGAAGUCAUGAGUGAGCUUAUUCUCUGCAUCAAAGAUUUUAAAUGUGAGGAAAUGGAUUAGAUUGAUUAGGGGAACAUGGGGAAAGACGGGGCCGCUAAGCAUUUAUAUAAAUAAAAAUGUAACAAUACAAUAAAAAAAUAACGUUUAUUCUAAAAUCUCUUUUAUUAACAUCCAUAACUGUCUUGGCGUAAAAAUAAUUAACUUAUCUUACACCAAAAAAUAAAAAAACCCAAUUUUCUUUACAAAGGAAAUUUGAAAUUUGCCGCGUGCCCGGGGUAAGAUGGGGGUAACGAGUUCAAAACGAAAAAUAAUCACAUAUAUGGCAGAUAUCUAAACAGUCAUCUUCUACUCCGGCGCAAGAAUUGUGGCACCACUUUUGACAUAUAUGACAAGCUAUCCAUCCUUCAGCGGACCCCACAUACCUAUCACCACAGUAUAAACAUUCGGUGUCGUCUUCGGCUGUAUUCUCUGAAGCAGCAUUUGUCCUUUAGUUUUAUUUUUGACCUGUGUUUUCUUUUUAACCACUUAUUGCUUUUUUUUCUAUCGGAACUGGAAGUUUUUAGAUCUUCAAGUUCUCUUUUAUACGGCGUUGACGUAAGGAUGGCCGUCUUGCCUCGAUGGCAAUUAUUUUUUCUGGCUUUUAUUUCUAGAGUAGGAACAGGCAUUAUCUGAGCUGGAGAACAGUUUUCAAAGCUGGUACUUAAGUCACGGCAAACAUUUUCUGUAAAAUUCGAGGAAACUCUUUUAGGUGGCGUGGCUUGCCUCUGGGGUUUUAUGUAACGGACUAUGAGAUAAUGUGGCAAGCUUACUCAAAGGGCAAUUAUCUUCAUCAUCUGAGCUUUGGUAGCCGGAAGAUGUGAGAUGAUGUGGGCCUGAUAGCUGGUAGAUAGCUAAACAUCAUCACUAGAACUUAUGGUUGAGUGAUUACUAGGAAUAGCAACCGGAAUUAAAUUCUUAGUUAAGUUUGGCUGAUUUUUUUCAUGGAUGAUAGAGGGAAGACCAUCUUUAUUUGCAUUUGCUUGUGAUUGAGGAACUUGCUCAUCCUCCGUCAGGCUUAUGUUUGUUGUUUCUGCAGCAAGAAAAUCGGCAUCUGUAAAGUUCUCAGAGUUGAAUGGCCAUAUGCCGCAUUUCCGAAAUUUGUUAAUCGCUGUAGACAUAGUGGCAGCUUGUAUGAAAGCUUUACCAAAAAUUUCGCUAAUUUGGAACAUGUUAAUAACUACCUGGAUUAGAUCUAAGCCAUGCUGUUGCAGCUUGGUCAUAAUAUACACUAAAGGCUUCAUAAAAGAAACAUCUAACGGCUGAAGCCGAUGAGUGCAGAGAGGUGGGAAGCAGAUUAUAAUCACACCGUUUUCUCUAGCAACGUCUAUAAGUUCGAUGUUCUUUGUGUGCAUAGAGUGACCGUCAAGUAAAAGUAGCACUGGGUUGUUUUUAGUUGCUCCACUGAAUUGGACGAAAGCUUUGAACCAUGAGACAAAUAUGUCUGUUGUCAUCCAUCCACUGGCAUUGCAAUGAAAAGUUGUUCCUGGUGCCGAGUUAUUCAUUAAUUCGGCUUUCAUCCGUUUCCGAGGAAACAUUAGCAUCGGGGGCAUAUAAUUCCCUGCUACGCUAACACAAAUCUCGACCGUAACUAUUUGUCCUCGUUCAGCUGAGGAUAGCGACCCAACUUGCUUCCUACCCUUGCGUGAAAUUAUCUUUGACCUUGUUUUUGAAACCGAAGAGACUCCCGUUUCAUCAUAGUUAUAAAUCCUAUCCUUUUAUAGGCGAAUAUAACCAACAAAUUUUUUUGUGAAAAGAUUCUUCUAUACAGGUACACUGCAGUAGGAAUAAUAAGUUUCACUUUAACUUCCUGCACACUUUAUGGCAAGCGAUAUAAUAUGCCAUAAAAUAAGAUCAACCAAAGGUCAAAAUGAUAAAUUGGCUGUAACUCGAGCAGACGCGCACCGUCUCGGAUGCACUGAGUGCGGGUAUUGUCCGGAUAUGUGACUCUAAGCAAUAAAGGUGGUCACACACUUUUAGGUUUUGAUGUAAUCGGGAUACCCCAUCUUACCUCAUGAUCCCGUCUUGCCCCUAGUUCCCUUACUAAUUGUAUUCGUGGAACUUAAACUUCCUUCAUUGUUGAUGGUUUACAUCAGUCAAUAAAAGAACUCAUACUUAAUAAUUCUAAAUCAAAAAAAUAUGUUGAGGAUCCAAAUGUGGAAGUUAAUAUGUUACUGAUGGAUCAAAGAUCUGGAUGGGUGAGGCACUGAAAUAUGUAUUCAAUGCCAGGUUAAUUUAGUUCGUUUCAAUGGGCAAAUAAAUCACAAUUCUAUGGAUAUAUGCCUAAGGAAAAACUUGACAAAAAACUUACUUUAAUAGAAACAUCAUCAUCUGUACAGACAGCCAAGGUCAAUUAAAGAUAGAGCUUUUGAGCAAGAGCUUGUUAAAAGAUGAUAAACCACUCACAUUAUCUUUAAAAGCCUUGCACUUGAAGAUGAUAUUCGUGAGAAAGAAUUAUUAAGAUGAUGACGAAUUCCUGCUUUAAUUUUUAAUGUUAGUCUUGAUGAUACAUUUAGUUAAAUUCGAAACGUCCAUAAUACAGUAAUAGAUUUGACUUUUUGGUACCUUCUACUGAUAAAUCAGGAAACAUCUAAUUAUUUAUAGUUCAAAUAAAUGUUUCUGUAUGGAUGCGCCAUCUAGCAAUCAACUUAAGUUAUUAAUUUUUUUUCCCGUUAGGAAGCCCUUAUCUGUCACAUUCACAAAUUUAUAUAAUUUACUUUUUGUGAUCAUGCUUUGUGAUUUCUUCCUCUUCUAGCCCUAGAGUGUAUUUUUUACUAUUUUUAUUAUCUAUAUCUAUAAACAUUAAUAUAACACAAUUUUUGCCAAC